GUUCGAUGUAUCGUACGAUGGCAUCGUACAUCCGCCAUGUUAGCCCACGCGUACGUAGGCUAGAAUUACCGCCAAUUCUUUACGUAGAGGAAUACGAGGUAACCGAGGGAUAUACGUGGAUCGCGGCGACGCUUGUUGACGCUUGUCUACGCGAACAAGGUGCAGGUGAACAAAGGUGAACGAGUACAAUACAACGGACGUCGCGCUGGGUGCCAGUGCACGGUGAGAACAAGCCUUAACCUGUGAUCUGCAUCGUCUCUUCUCGAUCUGGCUUCGGCAGACUCGUAGUGAUGUUCUGAUUGCGUCACUGCCCGCACGUUGCCGCUAUGCCUGGUCAUUACUGCCUCCUGUGUGCGAGCGAUGAUGGUGUCUUCCUGGACGUCACGCCGGACAAUCUGAACGCGUUCAACGACCAGAUCAAGGCGUGCCUGGACAUCAAGAUCAAUGACAUCCUCGAUCUGUCGAACAAGAUAUGUUACAAAUGCGCAUACGAAUUAGAUCAGUGCGCGAAGUUUGUGGAAAAGUAUAAGAAAUCGCGCGAACAGGAAGCAAAGGAAGAUCAAACGUCGAAACCAUGCUGUUUCCUGUGCUAUGAAUUAGUAGACAAAGAUCGUAUCUUUGAUCUCACCAAGGACAAGAACGUAUUAUUUAAUCCUUUACGGAAGAUCCGCAACAUUUUCAGUAACGAUGCCAUUAAAAAGAAUAAUGAACCGAAAUUAAUAUGCCUAACGUGUCGAUAUAACUUGGACGUAUUGUACGAUCUGAAGAGGAUAUAUCGGGAAACACUAUCCAAUUUAAAGGCUCUAAUUAAUGAAGAGAUAAACUAUUCAAAUUUUCCAAAGGUGCACACAGAUGUUGUAAAUCGCAAAACGACUCUUACCACAUUCUCAGAUAUUACAUUUUAUGGUUCAAUAACUUCCGAUAGCGACAGUAACGAGCAGAACAUGGCGCGUAGUAAGCGAAGCGUUAAGGGAAGCAGGAAAAAAGCGCAAAUCAAAUUGCGAGACAACAAGACGAAAACCAGGAAUUGUGACAACUGUCAUAACAUAGUUGCAAACGGUAUUGACAUGUACAGAUUCUAUCAUACGGGUUUAACGGUAUGCAAAAAUUGUUGGAUAACGAUAGAUCCGAAUGAUAAAUCGCAGCGACGAGGGCGUCAAAUGCAGUCUAAUUUGGCGGAAACAAAACUAUGCGCGGUUUUCUUGACGGAUGUGCUGAGCAAAGAAUCGGGUAAAGAGAAGAUACACGAGAAGAAGAAUAAAGAUAAUACAUCGUAUAGCAGUUCGCAGGAAGAGACAAAAUCUUCCGAGAGUAGUCCUCGGAGCGUUUCGUCUAAGACAAUGAAUUACAUUGUUAACGGUAAAACGAAGCAAGGAAAAAAGCGACGACUCUACAUAGAGGAAUCAAAAGAAGACGUCGAGCAUACGCCAUUGAAGAUGACAAAAUUAAGUCAAGAGGGCGCACACGCGAGCGAGAUAAAAUCGACAAGAGCAUCAAUCGAUUCGGAGCAAUCCAGCACUCAGUCACUAAAAAAUCGUAUACACUCUAAAAGGACCAUAGAUAAAAGUUCGGAUUCUGACAGUUCUGUGGACCGAAAGGAGACGCGUAACAGGAAUAAAUUGAAUGACCGUGUAAAUAAGCCAAGUAGAAAGAAACAGAAAUUACAAUCAGAAGAGAAAACCCCACUAAGCGCACGUUCAGAUUCCAGUGAGAUAUCUAACGAGGAGGGUAGUCUAAAAAGAAAGACACGAGGUGCAACGCGCCUUUCAUCAGCUACGCUUGCUAAAAGUAAGAAAGAUAAAGCUUUUAUCAGUAGGACAAGCUCGUCUUCUAGAUCUAGUACAGAAAUGACACCGACGAAAUUUAAGAGCCCGCAAUCUUCAGUACAAUCGGAAAGUAAAACAGAGUUCAGUUGUGAUUUGUGCGACAUGAAAUUUAGCACAAAAUCAUCCAAUACGAAACACAAACUAACGCAUCUCAAGCAAGCUGCGUUGAAAUUGGAAAAAUUACCGAUUGAAACCAUUAAAGAGGACUCGGAAGCGGAAGUCGAUUCGCAAGACAAGAUUUCCAAAGAAGUGACGUUAUGUCCCAAGAAGUCUGCAUCUAGCGACAAACACGUCGACAAUUCAUCGGAGGAUAUCGCUAUUAAUGUUGAAGAUGAUACCGACGAAGAGACCUUACGUUUAUCCAGUAAAGAAAGUACAGAGGAAAAAACAGAGAAAGAGAAAAAUGACGAAAGCGGUGAUAUAAUCGAUAAACCGGACGUGAGCGAGUCGCGCGUAAAAGAAUCCGCAAACGAUGAAAACGUUGAAGUAAAAGAGUCCGAACAAUGCAAAGAAUCGACAGUUGUAUCGGAAGGAGCAGAAAAAAUAGAUGAUGAAGAUAGUAGAAAUAAAAAUAUAAGAAACGAACAUACGGCGGACGAUAAGACGUCGGCAGAUAGUGAUAAUUCUAAAGAUAAAGAUGCACAGGAAACUGUUGUUACUGUAUCGGAGGAGAAAAACGUGGAUGGAAAGGAAGAUAAAGAUGUAGACGUAGAGAAUGAGACGGAAGUUUGUUCUACAGAAGAGAAGACUAUUAAUGAACGUAAUAAAGACGAAGAGGUUCUUCAAGAAGAAAUAGUGCACGAUAGAGAAACGAGCAGCUCGCCAAUUUUAUUAACUUGUAAAAAAAGCAAAAGUAAAGAAAAUUAUAAUAAAAGUUGCAAGAAUAAUUUAGAAAGCAACACAGAUGAUAAAUUUGUGCUGAUAGAAGAGCUGAUAGAAGAGCCAGAAACAAUACAACUCGAUGAAGAAAAAAUACAAGAAAACAUGUCUAUGUUAAUGUCGCAUAAUGAAACAGAAAUAUUAAGCGACAAUGAAAGAAAUUCGAAUGACAUAAUAAUUAUAAAUGAAGACAAGGCUGAAAAAAAUCAGCAUAACAAGUCUAAUGAAGAAAAUAUAGAAGUCAACAUAAUUGCGGAUUCUGACAUGAUUGCGGAUCCAGAUCUUUCAAAUGGUGAAAAAUUCGAUGAGAUAAAAGACGGUGAUAAAGCCGACGUUAUGGUAGCUUCAGUAAAUAACGAUAGCAUUGACGACAAAGCAAAUCAUACGGAAGAAAUGGUCUCAAUAGACAAUUCGAAAGAUCCUACCCAAUUAGUCGAUGAGAUAAAUGAGUUGGAAGAGUUGGUCAAAGAUAAUGCAUUGAAUAAUAAGCACGAAGUACAAGAGAACUUUGCUUGUGUCUCGGACAAUAGCUCUGCGGAUGCGGCAACCGAGAUUUUGAAGGAAGUGUUUGACCUUGCUGCCGCUGAAGUACAGCAGCGAGAAGAGAGUAAUAACGUAAAGAACCUAGGCGACAUCGAAAUGGAGACGCUGGAGAACAUAUCACGCGAGAUACGUAAGAGCGCCGAUAUGCCAUCUUUAGACCCAAUCAACAUUAUGGACAUGGAUGACGAUAAUGGUAUCACGUUGAACUAAUUGUGCCUGUGGCAAACAAUCGUUAUUGUACAUUCUGUCUUAUUUUUAUGCGAGAAAUUUCAUCUUUGUCGUGUGUGCAAUGCGUAUCCAUCUGCAUGGGGAAGACUAUAACUUUAUUGACUAAAAAUUUAAAAAAAAGUGCACCGCUGGAUAUUUACAGACAAACAUAUUUUAUCGUAAACUUAUUCUUCGGUAUGCUGAAGUUAUUAAGGUAAUUUGCACUUUAUAUUCCUUAUACUACAUGAAGAAAAUUAGAAGAACUUCAACAAAUCUACAAGAUUUUUGUUCAUUUAUAUUGUUUAAGAAGAAUUCUCAUUAAGUAUUAAAGAUAGUUGAAUAUUAUAAUAGCAUUGACUUCACACUUUUUUUUUCAUGUAAUGAAUAAGUCGUAAAGUUGUGUAGGUUUUUUUUGCAUUAAACGCAAAAAUUCUACUAAUUUGUUGUAAAAUUAAGAUUUGAAGCUUGUGUUUAUAACACACACACAUUAUAUAUAUAUAUAUAUAUAUAUAUAUAUAUAUAUAUAUAUAUAUAUAUAUAAAAGAUACAGGAGAAAUGUAGAGUAAUGCUAUGAAGACAUUUGUAUAAUGAUUUGACAGCAAUCGAUGUAACGCAUUUUGUUAACUUGUUAUACACGUAAUAGCAAGUUUCUAUUUUCAUUAAUUUUGACACAAAAGCAUAAUUUAUCGUAGAUAAUAAUCGUAAAUAAAUUCUAAAAUUUUCAAAUAUAAAAUUGUAAAAAAUUUUGAGAAGUAAAUGUUACGUUGAUUAACAAGAAAUGUUAUAUAAUUAAUCGAAGUUCUAUGAAACUUUAAAUUGCAGAAACUGUUACAAUAAUUAAUGCGAUAACUUUUUAAAAAGUUUUCUUGGCAUAUUAAUAUCAAAAUGGUCAACAUAUAUACUCGUAUAUAAUUAUUUUGAUAUCUUCUAACUCUUUUAAAUUUGUAAGCAAUAUAUUAUUCGUCUGCAUUAGUGUGUUAAAAAAAUUAGGACCUUAAAAUAUAAUCUUAUAAAAAUCGUAUGUGUGCGUGCAUGUGCGCGCGCACACGCGAUCUCACACACACGCACGCGCGCGCGCGCGCGCGCACACACUCGCACACACACACACACACACGUUGUAAAAUAGUUUUUGGGAAUAAUAUAAUUUUGUGCGUAAAUAUAAGUUUAAGAAACACGUGUGCAUAGAAAUAAUUACAUAUACGUAUGUAUAAAUUACAAAAAGUAAAACAUAUAAUUGCAAUAUAUUUAAAAUGAUCAAA